GAGGCGGGUCGCGGCGGAAGGGGCCGGCCGGGUGGACUCGCCCCGCCCCGCCCCGCCCCACGCUCUGCCAGAGCCCAUGGCGCCGGCGGAGGGGCGCUGGGCUCCCGCCCUGUGGAGGGGCUGCAACGGGCUGAUGGCCGCUUUCUUCGCGCUGGCAGCUUUGGUGCAGGUAAAUGACCCAGACGCAGGACUCUGGAUGGUUGUGUAUACAAUUCCUGCAGUGCUAACCCUGCUUGUUGGACUUAACCCUCUUAUCACAGGUAACUUUAUUUGGAAGAGUGUCUCUGCAAUACACGUGUUCUUUUGUAUCGUGUGGGCUGUCGGCUUGGCAUACUACCUCCUGCUUCAUACCCAACGGAACAUCUUACAUGAGGAAGAGGGCAGGGAGCUGUCUGGUCUGGUGAUUAUCACAGCAUGGAUGAGCCUAUGCCACAGUUCAUCAAAGAAUCCAGUUGGUGGAAGAAUUCAGUUGGCUAUUGCCAUUGUAAUUGCUCUUUUCCCAUUUGCCUCAUGGAUCUAUAUAUACAUAAACAAGGAGAUGCGGUCCUCCUGGCCAACUCACUGCAAGACAGUAAUUUAAAUGAAGUGAAGAAUCCUGUUCUUAAAACAAGAAUUUUCCAUUUUUUAUAAACACGAUUUUUUUUUUUAAUCCUAAGAACUUUUUAAGGCUGCCUACAACGUAGGAUUAGAUGGGACUAAUAAGAGACGGGGUCUCACAUUCUGUUGUGUCAUAGGAUAGAAAUGGCAGUAGAAAAAAAGUUAAGAAAUAUGAAUUCUGACUCAGCUUCCUCACUAUCUGUGUGACGGGCAAAUAUAAAAAAACCUCCUGCAGGAUAUUUCUUUAUGAAUACUAGCUCUGCUACUUACUUAUACAGUUGCAAGAAUUAAACUAGAUCAUAUGACAGCACUCUGAAAAUAUUCAGUGCUUACCAAGGGCUACACAUGACUAAAACAGAGGGAAGCAGGGUUUGGUUAAUAUGAUAUUGGGUUGUUGGAAAAGUCAUGACGCAUUUUUGCAACGAAAAACAUAGAAAAAAUACGUCAUGACUUUUCUGACAACCCAGUAGAAACAGAGAUUCAAGAGAAAGCUAUAGCCCUGAACUAAUCUUAUUAUAUUUAACUGGUACAGUGCCGUGAUCGAAAUGAGGACUCCAGAUAAACCAAACGAACAAGCAUGUCUUGGAAAAAAAGGCAAGUUAAGAUAGAAUAAAGGAAUUUGGAACCAAAAAGGAAAUAGGGAAUGCUAAUUACAUUGUAAAUAAAAAAUAAAACCAAAAUCUAUACACAUUUUUUUUUUAAUGAAUAUCAAAAGUAAUCUUGGGGAGACCAUUUUAGAGCUGUACUCUCCAAUACGGUAGCCACUAGGCAUGUCACACUGAGCACUUGACAUGUGGCUACACUGAUUGAGGAAGUAUUCUUUUCUUUUCUUUUUUUUAAAUUUUAAUUUAAAAACAUAUCAAUUCAGUUCUUAGAAAAUGUAGUGUUUGGAACAGCUUGAGUGUCUGAAUCUACUUCUUCAACUGCCAAUUUUAUAUCUAAAUACAGAUCAAGUAUUUUCAAUGAAAUUAGUGUCCAAAUGGAUGGGUUUUAAGUAUAAAAUACAUGCUAGGUUUUAAAUACAUAUAAAAAAAUGUAAAAUAUUUUUAUAUUGAUUACAUGAUAAAAUAUUUUAGAUAUACUGGGGUAAAUACAUUAUUAAAGUUCAUUUUAUCAGUUAUUAUUUACUUUUCGAAAUGUGAACUAAAGUAUUUCCCAUUACUUAUGUGGGUCACAUUAUAGUUCUGUUGGUCAGUGCUGUUUUAGAACAUCUGGAUGGCAGCUUUUUACACAGACUAGCAUCAAACUCUGUCAUGAGAUUUAGGAAAUACUUCACUCAAAAAGUAUUAGCACCAGUCAGACAUCAAGAGAGUGAAAACGAGCCUGGUAGUUUGUGUCUUUAUUUUUAUAGCCUUAACACAAUAUUCAGUAUUCUACAAAUGUUAAAGGAUGUAAGCAUGUGUUUUGUUUGUUUUACACAAUGGUCAAUAGACAGUCAGCAAUUCUUUAUCAAGAUGUAGAUGAAGUAAAAGGAAAAAAUCUAGUUGAUACUAAAGCAAUUAAAGUGAAAUUUAUUUUAAGGAUCAAUAAGAUAAAUAUAAAGGAUUUCAAUGUUCCAGGGUACCUUUAGCUUGCAGAUUUAUGGCUUUUAUAACUAUUAAAAUCAUACAUGAAGAAAUGGA